AUGGUUGUCGGAAACAUCGUUCGGCGCGUGCUUGGGUUAAUCCGGGACGAGGCAGAAGAUGAUAGGGAUGGAGACUUUAGCUUGAGCGAUGCCGGCUCCGAAAGCCAACCGCAGACACCUCGCGGGGGAGACGAUCCCUCUGACUUCCACGGCUCGGAUCGAGGCGCCUCCAAGCCCAUUUCUUCUUUAGCCACCCACCCAGUUUCCAUGUUCAGUCUGCUGUCUCACCCAGAAACCGAAACCUCACUGCCUGGUACGCCAGCGACUGGCUCACCGUCUGGACGCUUACCCGGGCACACUCAGAACAGGGAUAUCCGCGCCGAAGUCUUAGACGGAAUUAACGAGAUCAUUGACGAGUUGGGGCAGGUGGACGAUCAGAUCGCGGCUUAUGCACUGGAUCACAUUCAUUCCAACGAAAUCAUCCUCACACAUACCUCAUCGACGACCGUACAAAAGUUCCUUCUCAAAGCCGCCCACAAGCGGAAGUUCACCGUCAUCCACGCUGAAUCAUAUCCCAACAACCACGAAGCAACCCAUGCGACGGUCAGCGGCACUGCUCCCAACGACGAUGAAAUCCUCAGCACCGAGUCGUUCCAGAAACCGUUGAUCGCCCAUGGUAUCACAGUAAUACUUAUUCCUGAUUCAGCCGUUUUUGCCCUCAUGUCUCGCGUGAAUAAGGUCAUCCUCGGUACGCAUUCCGUCCUCGCCAACGGCGGUCUCGUCGCUGCGGCCGGCACUCGUGUCAUUGCCCGCGCCGCCAAGGUACACCAAACGCCGUGCGUGGUUGUCAGCGGUGUAUACAAGCUCAGUCCUGUCUACCCCUUCGAUUUCGAUUCUUUGAUCGAGUACGGCGACUCAAGCAAGGUCAUUGGCUAUGAGGAUGGCGAUUUGGUAGACCAGAUUGACGUGCAGAAUCCGCUGUACGACUACGUUCCAGCGGAAUUGGUCGACCUCUAUAUUACAAACUUGGGCGGACAUGCGCCGUCAUACCUAUACCGUAUCGUGUCCGACCACUACCGGAAGGAAGACAUCAGCUUCUAA